AUGGAGGAGGAGGCAGCUGUGGGGGCAGGCCCUGCGAGGCUGCCCCAAAGCGGACUGCGACGUCGAGCAGGUCGGUCCAAACAUGUUACGGGCGUCGCUGGGGAGGCCAGCUGGUCAAGCAGUGUGAUCAAUCUCGUCAAUACGAUUAUCGGCGCCGGAGUACUAGCGAUGCCGCUCGCCAUUUCGCAUAUGGGAAUCGUCUUGGGAACAUGUGUCAUUUUAUGGUCCGGCGUCACCGCGGGAUUCGGCCUCUACCUACAAUCACGAUGCGCGCAAUAUCUCGAUCAAGGGAGUGCAUCCUUCUUUGCACUGUCGCAGUUGACAUACCCCAACGCCGCCGUGGUUUUUGAUGCCGCCAUUGCGAUUAAAUGUUUCGGAGUCGGCGUGAGCUACCUGAUCAUUAUCGGAGAUCUUAUGCCAGGAGUAGUUCAGGGCUUCGUGGGAGGCGAGCCAGUAUAUGACUUUCUUAUCGAUCGUCAUUUCUGGGUAACGGCUUUUAUGUUGGUCGUGAUACCUCUUUCGUACCUGCGCCGCCUAGACUCGCUCAAGUACACCAGUAUCGCGGCCCUGGUGUCUAUGGCCUACUUGGUUGUCUUGGUCGUUUAUCACUUCGUGAAAGGAGAUACGAUCGCAGAUCGAGGCCCAGUCCGCGUGAUCCACUGGGCUGGACCAGUUUCGACGCUCGGCAGUCUCCCAGUCAUCGUAUUUGCGUUUACAUGCCAUCAGAACAUGUUUUCCAUCCUCAACGAAAUCAAGAACAACAGCCAUUUCCGGACGACAAGCGUCGUUUUUGCUAGCAUCGGCAGUGCAGCUGCCACCUACAUUCUGGUCGCUAUCACGGGAUAUCUCUCAUUUGGUGACCGCGUGGCCGGAAACAUUGUCGGCAUGUAUCCACCGGGCGUCUACGCGACAAUCGGGCGAGCUGCAAUUGUCAUGCUAGUCAUUUUUUCUUAUCCUCUCCAAUGCCACCCUUGCCGAGCCUCAGUCGACGCCGUCCUGAAAUGGCGCCCUGCGGCCCAAAAGACUGGCACUGAGAACUCUCCACACCGACACCCGCUGCUGGGACCGCGAGGCAACCGCACGCCAGAACCCAUGAGUGAUCUUCGAUUCUCAAUCAUCACUACGACCAUUCUAAUCCUGAGCUAUCUGGUCGCCAUGACAGUGUCUUCCCUCGAAGCAGUGCUCGCGUACGUGGGUAGCACGGGCAGUACCAGCAUCAGUUUCAUCUUGCCGGGCCUGUUCUACUAUAAAAUUUCAUCUCCUGACUCCGCCGCCCACCGUGGUUUGAUGAAGGAAGACGAUGAGGCUACGGACGAUAUCUCGGAUGACGAUGAGGAUGCCAACGUUGAAGGCGAGGGCUCCCUGUCUCGCUCAUUGACAGAGAGCGGCCUCUUGCUCCGCGGAGUCCGUCAUUGGCGCAAAGCUUUGCUUCGCCGUCUGAGUUUAAGCCUGGCUAUUUAUGGCAUUGUGGUCAUGGUCGUCUGUCUGAUCACAAACACUUUCUUCGUUACUUCACACUGA